GGAAAUUUCAUAAUUUUUACUUCAGGAAAAAUUAAAAAUAUUAAUAAUUAAUUUAUGAUUAGUUUAAAAAAAAUCUUAUUAUAUAUUUAGAUGAACCAACCUAUUUUUCUAAAGAUUCAAAGAAUCGUUGUGGUGAUGACACGUGGCUAACUUAAAAGUUAUAAUGAUUCGAUUUUAAUAUAUAUGGGAUGUGUUAUAAAAAUUGAAGAGAAAUACUCUAUGAUAGUCUUAAAACAUUUCUUAUCACAAAAUAGAACACAAGGGUCAAAAGGACUAAAAAAUCAUAUUUUAAAGAUAUAUUAAAAUAAAUAAAAUUUAUAUAGUUUUUUUUAAAUUUUAUUUUUAGUUUCUAAAAUAAUAUUCAAAAUUUCUUGUUGAAUUUUUUUCUCUAAAUUUUUAUUUUAAAAUUUCCUUUUUCAAAAUAUAAUGUGGAUUUGUGGAAUGAUUCUCCUUUGAAAGUUGGUUUUCUUAAAUAGAAGUAAAUAUUUGCAAAUCAUAAGAUACUUAUGGUUUUGACCAAGAUUGACCAAGAAAAAGAGUAACAAUAAUUACGGUGGUAUCCAGUGAGAUGACCAAAGUUCUAUCCAUAAUUUUAAUGUAUAUAUAAGUAGCACUAACAACAGAGGUUGAGGGAAAUAAAUUCUCUAGCAAGUAGCAAGUAGCAAGUCAUGACUUCUUCCUCUAAAUGUUUCUUUCUUGGUUCAUUGGUAGUCUCGUUACUACUUUUCUUAGGAUCUACUUCGACCAUGGCCUUAACAAAAGACAUUAAUUCAACAUGCUAUCGUUAUUCUGUCGAUAAUUCUUUUGUCCAUAACAAAACGUUCUGCCUGCAAACGCUCACAGCGUAUCCUCCCGCUGUCUCUGCAACUAACAUGGUCGAACUUGUGAAAGUCACACUCGACCUUGGAUCGACCCAGGCUAAAGAAAGGGCAGGUUUCGUUGCCGGAUUGGAAAAAGAGCCUACAUUUAAAAAAUAUUUUGAGAUGUGCAGUGAAUCCUAUGCCAUAAUAGUGGAUAACUUUAGAGGUGCUCGAUUAUGUAUGGAGGAUGGUGCUGCGGGUGCCGCGGGUGCAAGCAUUACAAUCCUUCAAACUUACGACAAUACACAACGUGUGAAGGAUACAAUCGGCAAGAACACAGACAAUGCCUCAAAAAAGCUCAUGGAGAUGACAUUAGUUAUGGAGGAUUUCGUGGCUAUAGCUGAUGCAGCCAUCAGCGUAAUAUUUUAAUUAUUAAACUUUUCAUGUGUUCAAAUCCUAAAGAUAAUAUUUAAAUAAAAAAAUAAAUAUAAAUUUCAGUUCUGAUUAAUAAAUGCAGCAUAUCAGCAUUAUUGGUAA